AUGAAAAACUCCGAUGCCUUUAACGUUACCCCCGAAAUCCUGAAUCAGUUACUCGAUUUUUAUAACCUCUCCCGGCAGGAAUUCAUCCAGACAUACAAACUGCAGCCGCUGGUCUACAUCCCCGAGUUGCCCCUCGGCGCCAAGGUAACUUUCGUUGUGAUUUACAGUGUGAUCUUUCUGCUUGCGUUUUUUGGGAAUAUCCUGGUGGUGUUUGUUGUAAAGCGGACAAAGCGAUCUCGGACUGUUACCACCGUCUUCAUCUGCUCCCUGGCGAUCAGCGACCUACUCAUCACUUUCUUCUGCAUCCCAUUCACCCUCCUUCAGAAUAUCUCCUCACAAUGGAUUGGAGGGGCUUUUGUUUGCAAGAUGGUGCCCUUUGUUCAGACUACAGCUGUUGUGAGCUGCAUCUUAACAAUGAUGUGCAUAGCUGUGGAGCGAUAUGAAGGGAUUGUGCACCCACUGAACAGACACUACUUGAACACAAGGGCGUACAAAAUGCUUGGGUUUGCAUGGGUAGUGGCUAUAAUUGUUGCAGCUCCAAUGUUGAAUGUUCAACAGCUUGAGGUGAAGUAUGAUUUUCUCUAUGACCGCCAUUACAUUUCCUGCCUUGAAUGCUGGAACUCGCUUUCACUCCGUCAAACCUACGCUACUUUCAUCUUGGUGGCCCUCUUCCUGUUGCCACUCACAGCGAUGCUGCUGCUUUAUACCAGAAUUGUUUUUGAACUCUGGGUCAAGAAACGUGUUGGGGAUGACUCCUUUUUAAGCGCCUUAAACCAAAGGGAAAUGUCCAAGAUUACAAGGAAGAAGAAACGUGCUGUUGUUAUAAUGAUAACGGUCGUUGUGCUUUUCACCAUAUGUUGGGCCCCCUUCCAUGUGGUGCAUAUGCUGUUUGAAUUCAAUGAAUUGGAAGAAGAAUAUGAUGAUGUCACCAUCAAUAUGAUCAUUGCCAUUGUGCAAGCGAUAGGAUUCUUCAACUCCUUCAACAAUCCUGUCAUCUACACAUUUAUGAAUGAAACCUUCAAGAACGAUUGCUUCUCUUUCCUGCCAUGUUGUGCCCACAGGUCACAGCAAAAUGCUACUUCUCGUGUGCAAAAGCCCAACAUAACCACAAGGCAAACGGCCUGGGUGGAAGACCCCCAUCCAAAGAAACAAGUAAAGGUGGAGAAAAGUAACCAGAUUGAGCAUGUUGAGCUGAACUGUGGUGGUGAUGAUGAUGGUGAUGAUGAUGAUGAUGAUGAUAUCUUUAAAGUCAGUGGAAGUAGAGAGGGAAAGUAA